UAGGAGUGUGCUCGAGAGUGCGUGAUGGCGGUGAAAUGGAGAAGGUGGCCCGGCAGGCUGGUGUACACCAUGCAGGACAGUCCAGGCCAGACGAGAGCCUGCCACAGUGGGAUUGUUUCUGCUGCGAGAGACACGCUCUUCCCCCAGAGCAGUUCCACUGUCAGGCCCUUCAGUGAGAUCCCUGGCCUGUGGAAGAACAGCCUCAGCAACCUUUACACCUUCUGGAAACUGGAUGGCUUCAGGAACAUUCAUCGCAUAAUGGUGCAUAACUUCAACACAUUUGGGCCAAUUUAUAGGGAGAAAAUUGGAUACUAUGAGAGUGUGAACAUCAUCAAACCUGAGGAUGCAGCCAUCUUAUUCAAAGCAGAGGGUCACUAUCCCAAGAGACUUCGAGUGGAGGCUUGGACUUCCUAUAGGGACUACAGGAACCGUAAAUAUGGUGUUCUUCUCAAAGAUGGAGAGGACUGGCGAUCCAACAGAGUCAUUCUGAACCGGGAGGUGAUCUCACCAAAGGUGCAGGGAAACUUUGUGCCGUUGCUGGAUGAGGUGGGGCAGGACUUUGUAACUCGAGUUCAUAAAAAGAUUGAAAGAAGUGGACAGAACCAAUGGACCACAGAUUUGUCGCACGAACUCUUCAAGUAUGCACUGGAAUCUGUGAGUACAGUUCUGUAUGGGGAGCGGCUGGGCCUUCUGCUGGACUACAUUGACCCGGAGGUUCAGCACUUCAUUGACUGCAUCACUCUCAUGUUCAAGAGCACCUGUCCCAUGCUGUACAUCCCCCCUAGCCUGCUGCGUCGGGUUGGGGCCAAAGUCUGGAACGACCAUGUGAAGGCCUGGGAUGGCAUCUUCAACCAGGCGGACCGAUGUAUCCAGAACAUUUACAGGCAGCUGAGGAAGGAAUCUGGAGCCCAGGGAAAGUACCCUGGAGUGCUGGCCAGCCUUCUGAUGCUUGACCGGCUGUCUAUUGAAGAAAUCAAGGCCAGCGUGACUGAGCUGAUGGCUGGAGGGGUGGACACGACAUCUAUCACACUGCUGUGGACUCUCUAUGAGCUGGCGCGGCACCCUGACCUCCAGGAGGAGCUAAGGGCAGAGGUCACGGCUGCUCGUACUGCCUCGCAGGGAGACAGGCUGCAGAUGCUUAAGAUGGUGCCACUGCUCAAAGGAGCACUGAAGGAGACACUCAGGCUACAUCCUGUUGCAGUGAGUUUACAGAGAUAUAUCGCUGAAGACAUUGUGAUCCAAAAUUACCACAUUCCAUCUGGGACGCUGGUGCAGCUGGGCCUGUACGCUAUGGGCAGGGACCACCGUAUUUUCCCCCAUCCUGAGCAGUACUUGCCCUCACGCUGGCUCCCCACAGAGAGCCACUACUUCAGGAGCCUGGGCUUUGGCUUCGGGCCGCGCCAGUGCCUCGGCCGCAGGAUUGCCGAGACUGAGAUGCAGCUCUUCCUCAUCCACAUGCUGGAGAACUUCAGGAUUCAGAAACAGAGACAGGUGGAGGUCAGAAGCACAUUUGAGCUGAUUCUGCUCCCCAAGAAACCUAUUCUGUUGACUAUAAAGCCUCUACAUAGCAGCUGAUAGCAGUAUACAGAAUAAAAUUAAGUGGUCUAGAGACUGCUGCUGUUUUGCUUUUUAGCAAGAUCAAAAACACAUGGUAUCAUUCUACAAGGUAUUAGUAUCAGAACUUUUGAUUUAUUAAAGACAUUUAAUAUUUUAUUAAAUUACUAUAAAGUCUAUAAUUCACCGCAAAUAACUCAAGAAUAAAGAUGUA